GCUAAAAUAAAAAAUCAACAUGGCGUUAAGGAUAACAAUUUCCAAACUUUGUGACCGGUUGUCAAUGUCAAAAAAUGCAGUCCAUAAAAGUAAAAGAUUCUUCAGCACACAAGCUCUUACAAAUUCAGACGUGCGACGAAAGCGUGUGGAACUAUUUGAACAAGAGCAACAGAGACAGACAGCACUUGUGACCAGAAUAGAAAAAAUUGAAGUCAAGUAUACUGGCCUUCCUGAAGAAUGUACUCUCAUCAUGAAUAAGCAUCUAUCCACACCCUACAACUGUGCAAUGCAUAUGCAAGAAUUGUUUAUGGACAGAUCUGCUCUAGCCUUAGUGAAUGGAGAACCAUGGGACAUGCACAGACCCCUGGAAGAUGACUGUGAACUUCAGUUUGUUCAUUUUGAAGAGGAGGACCCCAGAACAGUGAACAAUGCGUUUUGGAGGUCUUGUUCCUUUGUCUUAGGUCAUGUUCUGGAAACUGCAUUUCAAGAUCAAUAUUAUGUAGAGCUGUGCAGCUUCCCACCUCCUAAUGUCUCAAGUGGAAGUUUUGUUUAUGAUGCUGAUUUGAAACUUGGGAAUUGGAAGCCCACCGAGGUUGAACUAAACUGUUUAAGCAGGAUUGGCCUUCGACUCAACUUUCUCGAUCUAAAGUUCCAGAGGCUUGAGAUACCUCUCUCCGUGGCCACCCAGAUGUUCUCUGACAACAGAUUCAAGCUAGCCCAAUUGCCACACAUAGCCUCCAAGUCCAAGUCGGGGACAUCAGUUGUUGUGUACAGAGCUGGAGACCACAUUGACAUCACGUCUGGCCCAUUGAUAGCCAGCACAGCACAGAUAGGGAGAUAUUCAGUGACAGCAAUCCAUGAAAUUGAAAGCCAAUCAUUUGGGAAAUUAAGUCGAGUCCAAGGUCUGGCUUUACCAACACAAAUCAUGCUUCAUUCCUGGACUUACGACACAAUCUUACGUAGCAGAUCAAAGAAAUUAAACCCAGCCCAGCUUCCAGACUUAAAGCAGGCAGAGAAUCAAAAAUCUCAGAUCCCUGCCCAGUGACAGCUUUGAGGGUGUGAAUAUUGGGAAUAGAUUGAUGUGAAUGUUUUGUGAGACACUUGAAUGUUGAGAACUAGGAUCCUGUGUACAUGAACUACUGACAGAAUACUUUUACAAAUAAACUUUUUAUGAUGUAGAUAUACAAACUAAA